GCCGUUCCAGUGGAGGCACCUGACUUGCUUUCCCAUACAGAAAGCCACCUCCUUCCUUGGAGCAUCACUGACUGCACACCUGCCCUGUUUCCUGGCACCGGCACUAGGGUCCAGGUCACUGCUGACCCGAAGCUGCUCCUCGCUUGCACAGGAUGAGAGUCUCAGGUCUGCUCCGCCUCCUGGUGCUCACUUUUGUCCUGGUCACCACGCUGUUCUUUGUGCGCAGCUACAUCAGCUUCAACAUGCAGACGGUCCGUCUGCCGCGCUGGAUGGGCUUGGUCACCAAGGAGAACCAGGUGGCGAAGACCAAGUGUGGCCUCAGCAAGCCCUGCCCGGCCAACUUUUUUGCGUUUAAGAUCUCCAGCGGGGCUGCCAACGUCGUGGGCCCCUCCAUGUGCUUUGAAAACCACGUUAUCAUGAGUCCAGUGAAAAACAACGUGGGCAGAGGCCUGAACAUCGCCCUGGUGAACGGAACCACGGGACUGGUGCUGAGACACAACUCCUUCGACAUGUACUCUGGAGACCCCAAGAGUCUGCUGCAAUUCCUUAAAGAAGUUCCAACGGGCACGUUGGUGCUGGUGGCCUCCUACGAUGACCCAGGGACCAAGAUGAAUGACGACAUCAGGAAGCUCCUCUCCGACCUCGGCAGCUCCUAUGCCAAGGAGCUGGGCUUCCGUGACAGCUGGGUGUUCCUGGGGGCCCAAGAACUCAAGAGCAAAAGCCCCUUUGAGGAGUACCUGAAGAACAACCCAGACACAAACAAAUACGAGGGCUGGCCGGAGUUGCUGGAGCUGGAAGGCUGUGUGCCCAAGAAGGUGUUCUAGGACGGCUGCGGCUCGCCCAGGCCCAGGGCUCUGGGAAGCUCCUGCCCGACUCGGGACCGAGGCAGCGGCAGCACAGGUGCGGAGAGCACCAAGGGGCCGCGCACACCGCACUUCGCUGCCCUUCAUCGGAAAGCAAACCCGCCCAGCACCCCAAGAACUCCUACCUGGGAACU